GAGAGAGAGAGAGAGAGAGAGGAUAUGACUGUUAUCAUUCCUUUCCUCAGAACUUUGUUGAAAACAUUGGGAUUGAAGGCAGAAUUUUAAUAAUGGGCAUUGAGGAAGUAUAAUCAUCUCCUUGUAAUUGUAGUGAGCACCAAAAGCCUCAAUUGAAAAAGAAAAUUUGAAGAGAGAGAGAGAGAGAAUUUUGUAUCUAUAAUUGCAGAGCUACAGAAAGUUGCCUGAAAAGAAAAAGCUAGAAGGAAUACCAGAAGGAAGAGAGAGAGAGGAGUACUAAGGGGGUGUUUUUGAGUUGGUAUUCAGCUUUCUUUCUUUUUUUUCUCUCUCCUCCUCCUCCUUCCCCACCCUUCCUCUCCUCUUAAACUCAAUCUUUCUUUCUUUUCAUGAUUUCUUUAAGUGGAGUGGAGAGAGUAAAGAAGAAACUAAGUAAAAAAGUUGCUAAAAGCUAGAAGGGUUUGUGGGUGUCACCUGAACUAUUCCUCCAAAUCGAGUGGGAGAUUCCUAAGAGCUAGUUAAAUCUUAAUUUUAACUACUCAUCUUGGGAUUUUCAAUCCUUUAAAAAAUAUCCAUGGAGUCUGCAAAUCUAAAUCUGCAUCAUCACCAGCAUCAGCUCCAAGAGCAGCUUAUUGGGUCAUCUUCUUUAGCAACCCCAUCUUUCUAUGGAGUUGGCGCCACCCGUUCUUGGAACUCAAAUCUCAGUUUGACCGAUGGUGACUUCAAUCAAAAUAUCAGUGGAGUUCUAUCAAACCCUAGGGACUCAAGGCAAAACAUUAGCAGUCUAGACCCUCCUGAUCUCAACGCUUCUAUGAUUCAGGAACUAGGGUUUAAUUGGGCUAGUACUGCAGGGAGCUUUACAAACUACUCAGCACAUCACCUUCAACAAGCAAAAAUCAAGGAGGAGUUAUCAGAUUCAUUAUCCAAAUUUAGUGAUACAGUUAACAACCCAUCAAAUAUCGAAGAAUUUCACUUGCCUUCCACUAGAUACAUUAAAGAUGAGCAACAAGAUUUCCAUGAACUAGGUGGGAAGAUCUUGUUUAAAACCUACUCAUCAGGUUGCCAAAGCAUUGGACCACAUUUCUCAUCAGCUGGAGACCUAUACUCUAAUGCUCCAAGUUGUGGCAGUUUUGGAGGAAUAGCAACAUCUACUGGUGGAAACUUAAGCCAGAUUUUUCCAACAAGAAAUAUGUCGGAACUGAAUCCGUUGCCUUUGAUGAACUUCCAAGCCUUGGAUCUGUUGAGCUCCUCAAAAUUUGGUGGGAGUAUCAGCCAGCUUUCACCAAAUAAUAUUGGCUUAUCUAAAGAAAGGUUCUCUUGCAGUCCAGACCAUCUCCAAGAAUCCUGUCAUAAAUCCCCAAACUACCCCAACAAAAUAUCAUCCUUCACGAAUGGAGUUGCAGAAACAAAGAGAGCCAGCAAUUUUGAGGCAAAGUCAUCAUCUCAUGGAGUAAACAACAAGAAGGGCCGGUUCGAAUCACGUUCUUCUUUCCCACCCUUUAAGGUUAGAAAGGAGAAACUGGGAGACAGAAUUGCAGCUCUCCAGCAGUUAGUGGCACCUUUUGGGAAGACAGACACAGCCUCAGUACUAAUGGAAGCUAUUGGGUACAUCAAAUUCCUGCAAGAACAGGUUGAGACGCUAAGCCUACCCUAUUUAAAGUCAUCGCGCAACAAGACUUGCAGAACAUUGCAUGGGGGAUCGAGCGAGGAGGACAGAAAUGAAGAACAACAAAGAGAUCUUAGAAGUCGGGGGCUUUGCCUGGUGCCGCUCUCAUGCACAUCCUAUGUGACCAAUGACAUUGGAGGUGUUUGGCCACCUCCUAACUUCAACUAGUGAGGCACUAAGCUUGAUCAAAUCCAUGGCCUUCCCUCUUUGGCUGGUUUUGAACCUUCAUAAUUAUCUUUGGCUCGUACUCUAAGCACCAACGUCCCAAGUAUCAUUUAGUGGAGCAAAUUUGGUCAUCUUGUAAAAAUUUUCCAGGAUAGACCAAAUUUGAUCCAUUAAUUAUCCUAAUUUGUAAGAUUUAUGUUCAUUAUUAAUUAUAAUUAGGACUUCAUUACAAAACAAACAAUGUUGUGCUAAUUCUGUUGAGAAUAUCAGCUUUCCAUUUUCUUCCAUA